CCAGAACUGGGCAGGGCACAAGUGAGAAAAAGAACGAACAGCAAUACGGUCAGCAGAGACUGAAGUAAAGAGCAAAAGUAUCCAGGGGAGAAGUAGAUGUGAGAAAGAUAGCUCUACUGCGGGGAACACAAUCACACUCACUGCCUGGGCAAUAAGAGUUGCUGCCGAGGGGAAUUAUGGCCUCUUUGGUGCUCCGGACUGUCUGUAUUUUAUGCAUUCUGUCAGUGUUUGUGCAUAAAACUUUCUCUCAACAGCAAAACACCAUCUACACGGUAUGCGCACGAGGCUUCUUUCUUAGUGAACAGAACAGUUGUCUGCCCUGUAACUGUAAAGGUCAUGCUGAUAGCUGCGAAGAUAUCACAGGAAUAUGCAUUGAAUGUCAGGACCACACUGUUGGAGAUUUCUGUGACCAGUGUGAAGAUAGCUUUUUACCUGUGUUUCUUCCUGACAACACUUUUGUGUGCAGACCAUGUGCUUGCCCGCUCUCACUAGAGUCUAACAAUUUUGCAGCCUACUGUGAUAAGAGAGGUAAUUUUCUGAGAUGUGUGUGUCAGGAGGGCUAUGCUGGACACUACUGCGAAAGGUGUGCUCCAGGUUACUAUGGCAACCCCACGCAGGUGGGCAACUCCUGUAAAAAAUGUGAUUGUAAUGGUAACUCUGACCCCAAUCUGAUCUUCAAUGAGUGCAACAAUGUGACUGGCCAGUGUCUGAACUGCUGGGCUAACACUGCUGGAGACAACUGUGAGAGAUGCGCGCCAGGUUUUUACGGUGAUGCAAUCAGUGCCAGAAACUGUCAAGAGUGCGAGUGCAAUCACUGUGGUACUGCAUCAUGUGAUGACAGGACAGGUGUGUGCCACUGUAAGCCUGGGGUCACAGGUCGACUGUGUGAUAGGUGUGAGGAGGGUUACUCUGGAUUUGGCAGCUGUAUGGGAUGCCGUCGAUGUGAAUGUGCCUCUGCUGCCCUACGUGCAACUUGCCACCCUCUCACACACACCUGUCAGUGCCGUCCGGGGGCCGGAGGCCGGUAUUGUGAGCGCUGCCUGCCAGGAUACUGGGACUACAGCCCAUCCGGCUGCAAAAUGUGUAAUUGUAAAGAGAAGAAUUGUGACAUGCACACAGGAGAGUGUCUGCCAGAAGCCUCACAUAUCAGUGAGUGUAAUAUCGAUUGUGAUGCAUGUAUCUGGAAUCUGAUUGGAGAUAUUCGUCAGUCCAACAAAACUCUGGAUCAGGUCAGGAAUACCGUGUUGAACAUUUCUACAGGAGCUGCUGCCAAUGACAGAUUAAAAUACUACAACUACACUGCACAUAGACUACAGGCGCAGUUUGUAGGCUGGAGGAAUAAAUCUGCAAUAAUGAGAGCUGAUACAGGGAAGGUGGAAGAAGAAACACAUCAGCUGCUUAAUGACAUGGAACUGCUUGCUGAAGAGGAGGAAAUUGUGAAGUCUUUGGGAGAUCGUGUGGAUCAAGAAACGCUUGAAGGCUCUACCUUAGCAAAGACACUCAGUUCUAAUCUGACAUCACUUAACGUCGUCUUAGAGGAAAUGAUCCGAGAUUGGGAAUUGUACAGUGUCCAUCAGGAGUUAGAUCUAGAAGUACAGAAGCAGAAAACAGCAGAGGCUGAACGGAUCUUGGGUUGGAUGAGAAAACUGAACCUGUCACCCAAAGAACCGCUUGCAACUACCGAAUCCAAAGAGGCCAGCGAAUUGUUUUGGCGUGUGCGUCAGUUGGAGAAAACGUUGAUGACAACACAGGGUCAUCUGUCUCCUGUGCGGGAGGUGAUGGGUCGAUUUACAUCAAGGCUCUUUCAAGCUCAGGAUCUCCUCAACAAUGCUGAUGAUGCUGUGCAGCAGACACUAAUGAAAUAUAAGAACAAUCAGCUUAAACUACAAAGGAGACAGGCACAGCAGCAGCGUCUAAUAGACACUUAUGAUGCAGUUGAUCAAACUAUUGUUAUGACUAAAGAAAGCAUCUCGGAAGCAAACUUGACCGUCAUUAAGGUGGAAGAUGUAGUGAUGCGAGUCAGAGAACAGCAUGCAGAAAUAGAUGGGGCUAUGAUGUUGCUGGAGAAGCGAACCGAUAAACUGUCUCAGUCAGACAGAGAUCUAGUGUUAAGAGCUGAGGAGCAUACUGAUGAACUGCAGAGACAUGCUGAAGAACUGAAAUAUAAUCUGAAAGGAAGUGAUGCAAAUGGACACGUGCAGAAAGCUCUGAGCGCCUUUAAUGUGUACGACAAUAUUGUCAAACACAUUGAUGAUGCCAACAUCACUAGCCUGACCUCUCUCAACAUUUCCAGCAGGACUCAUGAUGCUAUCGAUGGAUUAAAAUAUCAACUAGACUUCAUGCGCCCUCAGAGUGACAAUGUGUUCAAAGAGGCUUCAUCCUUACGGGUUGAACAGCAAGAUGUUGAAAACACCGUCCUUGACAAUAAGAAAUACAUUGAAGAGACCAAUGAGAUGAUGGAAAGCUCCUCUAAAAAACUGGCUAGGAUCAUGAAUGACAUCAACGCAAUUCAAAAAGAUCGUACACCAAAGCGCCUGCAGUUUACUCAGGAAGUGGCCGAGGGAACUCUGAAUCGCUCCGCUGAAGUAUUGGAGAUGGUGACGCCAAUUUUACAGAAAGUAGAAGAGUGGAACAACAAUGAGAAGAAUGACUUGUAUUCUCCCGCAGCAUUGGAACGCACAGUUCAGUCUGCUGGAGAGGCGGUGGAUGACCUUACAGAGGUUGUGCCAGAACUACUCAAUAAGCUGCAUCUGGUUGAAGAAAAAAGACCUGUAAAUAAUGUCUCCACAAACAUCAUGAAAAUCCGAGAACUUAUCGCUCAGGCACGCAGCAUUGCCAAGAAGGUGCAAGUGUCCAUGAAGUUUAAUGGACAGUCUGCUGUGGAGGUUCAUUCCCCGACCAAUGUAGAUGAGCUGAAGACUGUCACAUCUAUCAGUUUCUACAUUAGAGUAGACCCUGACAAAGACCCCAUUGAGGACCGGUUCUUACUGUACCUGGGAGACAAGCAAGGACAGAAGGACUACAUGGGACUGGCCAUAAAGAAUGAUAAUCUAGUGUAUGUGUACAACCUGGGAGGAGAUGAUGUUGAGAUACCCCUCAGCUCAAAGCCAGUCAGCUCCUGGCCUCCUGUCUUCAACCUUGUUAAAGUGGAGAGGUUGGGUCGUCAUGGUAAAGUGUUCCUUACAGUUCCAAGUCAGGACACCACAGCAGAGCAGAAGUUUAUUCAGAAAGGAGAGACAGAUGGGAUAGACUCGCUGUUUGACCUUGACCCCAAAGACACUAUCUUUGUUGUGGGAGGAGUGCCUCCUGAUGUGAAGCUUCCUCCAGCUUUGACUUUGGCUCCUUUUGUUGGAUGCAUUGAAUUAGAAAAUUUGAACAGUGAUGUCAUCAGUUUGUACAACUUUAAACAACUUCACAAAAUGAAUGUUGCAACAUCGGUGCCUUGUUCCAGACAUAAGCUGGCUUUCUCUCAGAGUCGUGUGACAAGUUAUUUGUUUGAUGGCACUGGUUUUGCUUUAGUCACUAACAUUGAGGGAAGAGGCAAAAUUGGAGUUGUCACUCGAUUUGAUAUAGAAGUGCGAACUGUUUCCAACAAUGGCAUACUAUUCCUCAUGGUUAAGGAGGCUAAUUUCUUUGUGUUGGAGUUGAAAAAUGGAUUUCUCCGUCUCAUAUACGACUUUGGCUUCACCAGCGGCCCCAUAAUCAUGGAGAGUGACAUAGCAAAACUCCAGAUCAAUGAUGCCAGAUAUCAUGAGGUGUCUGUGAUUUAUCAUCACUCUAAGAAGAUCAUUCUGCUAGUAGACAGGAGUCAUGUAAAGUCAAUAGAAAAUGAGAAAAAAACUUUACCGUUCUCUGAUAUCUACAUUGGAGGAGCUCCCUCACACAUUAAGUUUCCAAGGCCUGAGCUGUCAUCUCUGAUUGGGUUGAAGGGUUGUGUGAAGGGCUUCCAAUUCCAGAAGAAGGACUUUAACCUCCUUGAGGAGCCUGGAACCAUCGGCAUUAGCAGUGGAUGCCCAGAGGAAUCAUUUAUGUCCCGUAAGGCAUAUUUCACAGGUGAGGGAUACCUGGGCUCCACAGCUAAAAUCUCACCAUUCCAGUCUUUUGAGGGAGGACUAAACUUCAGAACACUUGAGGCCAAUGGACUCCUCUUCCACCACAAAGAAGAGACAAAUGAGUUUUCUCUCUCACUGGAGAAUGGUGCUGUGGUGCUCCAGUCCAAAGGAAACAGAGUCAGAUCACAUAAGAAGAAUUACAAUGAUGGAAAAGCACAUUUUCUAGUUGCCACAGUGACCAAUCAAAAGUAUGAACUAAUCAUUGAUGACAAAGACAAGCAAGAGAAGAAUAAGUCGGCCUCCACGUUUGAGUCUGAUAACACAGCUAACACAGCUAAGACCUUCUACUAUGGAGGCUCUCCAACAAGCUCUAUACAGAAUUUCACUGGCUGUAUCAGUAAUGCAUACAUUAGCAGGCAGGAUAGAGAUAUAGAACCAGAAGAUUUCCAGCGUUACAGUGAGAAUGUGAAGGUGUCACUACAGGACUGCCCAGUGAAGAGACCUGCUGUUACAAUAACUAAAGAGAGCAGAGACUCGUCUAGACAAAAGUCAAGACAAAAGGUGAGAAGGGACGUGUCUAGUCUGGUACGUCGCUCAAAGAGAAAUCGCUUGGAUGUUCCAGAGACAGGUUUCACCCAUAGCCAGAUUGAGAACACAGGUGUUGCAAAGGUUAUCGAAGAUCAACAUAAUUUGGCUUUCUCUCAGAGUCGUGUGACAAGUUAUUUGUUUGAUGGCACUGGUUUCGCUUUAGUCACUAACAUUGAGGAAAGAGGCAAAUUUGGAGUUGUCACUAUAUUUGAUAUAGAAGUGCGAACUGUUUCCAACAAUGGCAUACUAUUCCUCAUGGUUAAGGAGGCUAAUUUCUUUGUGUUGGAGUUGAAAAAUGGAUUUCUCCGUCUCAUAUAUGACUUUGGCUUCACCAGCGGCCCUAUAAUCAUGGAGAAUGACAAACUCCAGAUCAAUGAUGCCAGAUAUCAUAAGGUGUCUGUGAUUUAUCAUCACUCUAAGAAGAUCAUUCUGCGAGUAGACAGGAGUCAUAUAAAGUCAAUAGAAAAUGAGAAAAAACCUUUACCGUUCUCUGAUAUCUACAUUGGAGGAGCUCCCUCACACAUUAAGUUUCCAAGGCCAGAGCUGUCAUCUCUGAUUGGGUUGAAGGGUUGUGUGAUGAGCUUCAAGUUCCAGAUGCAUUUUUUUAACCUUCUUAUGGAGCCUGGAACCAUCGGCAUCAGCAGUGGAUGCCCAGAGGAAUCAUUUAUGUCCCAUAAGGCAUAUUUCACAGGUGAGGGAUACCUGGGCUCCACAGCUAAAAUCUCACCAUUCCAGUCUUUUGAGGGAGGACUAAACUUCAGAACACUACAGCCCAAUGGACUCCUCUUCCACCACAAAGAAGAGACAAAUGAGUUUUCUCUCUCACUGGAGAAUGGUGCUGUGGUGCUCCAGUUCAAAGGAAACACAGUCAGAUCACAUAAGAACAAUUACAAUGAUGGAGAAACACAUUUUCUAGUUGCCACAGUGACCAAUCAAAAGUAUGAACUAAUCAUUGAUGACAAAGACAAGGAAGAGAAGAAUAAGUCGGCCUCCAUGUUUGAGUCUGAUAACACAGCUAACACAGCUAAGACCUUCUACUAUGGAGGCUCUCCAACAAGCUCUAUACAGAAUUUCACUGGCUGUAUCAGUAAUGCAUACAUUAGCAGGCAGGAUAGAGAUAUGGAGCCAGAAGAUUUCCAGAGUUACAGUGAGAAUGUAAAGGUGUCACUACAGGACUGCCCAGUGAAGAGACCUGCUGUAACAAUAACUAAAGAGAGCACAGACUCAUCUGAACAAAGACCAGAGCACUCCCACAAGGUGAGAAGGGACGUGUCUAGUCUGGUACGUUGCUCAAAGAGAAAUCCUUUGGAAGUUCCAGAAACAGAGCUUGCUUCCUGUCACCACUAUGGUGGUUUCGCACAUAGCCGGCAUGAGUACACAGGUGUUGCCAAGGUUAUCGAAGAUCAAUCUCACUUUUCUCUGUCUCUGAAGACACAAUCUGCCUUUGGUCUCAUCUUCUACCUGGCUGACGAGUCUGAGGAGAACUUCAUGACUCUGUUUCUCACUCAGGGCAGGCUGGUGUUCACUUUCAGCACAGGCGAACACCAUGUUAGAAUUAGAACCAAAGAGAAAUACAGCGAUGGACAAUGGCAUGAUAUUAUCUUCAUCCGAAGAGGUAAUAUGGGCAGACUGAUAAUUGAUGGAACUACGACAUUAGAGGAAAGUGCUCCAGGUGGAAACAUAUCACUGCUUGUUCAAGAUCCUCUUUACAUAGGUGGGGUUGCAUCUGAACGAGCUCUGAAAAACAUUCAGAAGACAUCUGUGUAUAGCUUCUCUGGUUGUGUACGGAGUCUCCAGCUAAACGGCCGCCGACUGACCUCUGUUUCCCAUAGUUUUGGGGUCACACCCUGCUAUGAGGGCCCCUCUGAGCCAGGGACAUACUUUACUAAUGAAGGAGGAUAUGUAAUUCUGGAUGACUCCUUUCAUUUUGACCGAAGAUUUGAGCUGGUGAUGGAGGUGCGCCCUAGUGUGGCUGCAGGAGUGCUAUUGCACUUGUUAAUUGGACAGCAGGAAUAUCUUACCAUGUACAUCUUUCAAAGCCAGGUGUAUGUUAUGGUGAAUAACGGUGUGGGUGAAUUGUCCACAUACGUGUCUCCUAGACAGGAAAUCUGUGAUGGAAACUGGCAUAAGAUCACAGUGAUAAAAGAUGCAAACGUCGUUCAACUGGACGUGGACUCAGAAGUGAAUCAUGUUAUCGUCCCUUUCAGUGAAACACCACAGAACACUAGUUCUCCAGUUUUUAUUGGUGGAGCCCCAGACUCUAUGCUGUCUCACAACCUUCUCAGCAAGAGAGGCUACGCAGGCUGCAUAAGAAACCUGUCUGUAAAUGAGUCUCCUGUCAGCUUCAGUAAAGCAGCCCUGGUCAGUGGUGCAGUAGGUGUGGGCACUUGCCCUGCAGCCUGAGUGAUUUCCUCUUUGGGUAUCCGGGGAAAAAAAAAAAAAAAAAAUGCUUUUGUUUUAAUAAAGAAUGAAGCUGUAAUGUCUUUCUACCAUGCCUCCUCAGCACCACUUAAAGCUUUUUUUUAUCACACUGCAACAUUUAUUUACUAUGUACUCUGAACCUGAGCACUGCAAUCACUAUGAAAAUGUAGACUUUUAAGGAAAAUUGUUACUACUUAAUAUUAACCAAGGCAAUUAGAGAGUGAGAAAAGAAAAAGGUCUACUGUAUAUUGUCAUGAAUUUGUCUAACAUAUAUUAGCCAAAUAAGUUUCUUCACUUUUCACUCCUUUAUCUUAAAACCUUAUAUCUGUUCAGUUGUAUCUACAAUUAAUAAAACGGAUGCUUUCUAA